GAGUAUUUAUAGCCCAUAAGCAUGCGCCAUAAUGCAGGGGAGCGGGGUCAGUAUAUCUACCCCUUGUUUUGCUUGUCGCUCCGUCAUAAAGCAGCGAGGAUAUUGCUCAUCAGCUACCACUGAAAUAUGGCACCCAAGAAAGCAAAGAAGAGAGCGGAGGGAGCCAGCUCCAAUGUGUUCUCCAUGUUUGAACAGGCCCAGAUCCAGGAGUUCAAAGAAGCUUUUACGAUCAUGGACCAAAACAGAGACGGUUUCAUUGACAAGAAUGACCUGAGAGACACUUUUGCAGCUUUAGGCCGUUUAAAUGUCAAGCAAGAAGAGAUUGAUGAGAUGCUGAAGGAGGCACCAGGACCAAUUAAUUUCACUGUCUUUCUCACCAUGUUUGGAGAGAAACUAAAAGGUGCUGACCCAGAGGAGACCAUCCUCAACGCUUUCAAAGUCUUUGAUCCUGAGGGGAAAGGAACGUUAAAGAAAGACUAUGUGACCGAGAUGCUGACGACCCAGGCAGACAGGUUCUCCCCUGAAGAGAUGGAACAGAUGUUUGCAUCAUUCCCACCAGAUGUUGCAGGAAACCUAGACUACAAGAACCUGGUCUACGUCAUCACACAUGGUGAAGAGAAAGACCAGGAGUAGAUGAUGUCCUCUGAACAUUUAAACCACUGAGUCAUGUUUGUGCUGAAUUUAGUUGUAGCAUGUACAGGUUUAUCUCUUACUAAAUUACAUAGAUGUUAUCUAUUGAUAUGUAUGAGGUGAAAUUAAAAGUACAUGUGACCACAUGUUUUGACAUUA